AAGGCUGAUAUUUCUCUCCUCAGCCACGUGUUUUGCUCUUCCUCAUCUUCUUCUUCCCAACUCUUCCUCCCGACAAGCCCCCCCCUAAGCCACCGACUUCCUCUUCCUCUGAAAACCGAAAAAGGGGCUUGAAAUCCUCCUUUUUUCUUGUUCAAUAACAAGAUUUAGGACUUGGAACACUCCCCUAAACCCAGAAAUUCCAGAUCUGCGCUGUCUUCUUCCCCUCUGUCCGCCGGCCUCUGCUGUGUGGGGGUUGAGUUCGGUUUUCUGCUCCCGUGACAUCCCUUCCCCUCUCCCGAUCUCUGCCAAGCUCGCCAGAUCCGGCUUCUAUUGCUGGAAAUAUUCUGGUAAGUUAACAACCCUCCAAGCUUGAAACUUCAUUAAUUAAUUACUGCCUUGUGUUGUUGAAUUUUAUCAAUUUGUUGCUGCCUUGUGUUGUUGAAUUUUAUCAAUUUGUUGCUGCCCUGUGUUGUCCGAAAACCCUCUGUUGUGCUGUCCGAAUUUCUGCAGAAAUAUGGAAGAAUUUGGUAGCAUGAAAUGGGUUUUGGGUUGCUAAUUCGUGUAGAAUUUUGUGUAGUUGUCCCGGGAAUCAUCUUUGCUGUUUGAAGUUGUUUUUAUGCCAUUUUAGUUAUCCUGGAGAAAUUGGUCUGAUUGAUUGCUGGUAGAUGGAAAUUGUGGCAACGAAAAUUAUGAAAAUUUCCUUGAUUAGCUACUGCUUUGUCAAAGAUGGAAAAUUGAAUAAAAGCCAUACUCUUCAUUGUUUGCCCCGAGGUCUGAACAUGUUUAUUUGGAACACUAGGUGCUGUUGUGGCUUAGAACUCUGGGGUCGAGUUUCUUGUUUAUGCCAAGUGAGGUAAGUAAAUUUAUGGUAAUGCCUGUACAGUUCUUAAAAGCAUGUUUUAAUUUGUUUUUGAAGUGGUGGCGGGAUUAAACCCGUUUUAUACAAAAUAAGCAUAAUUGAUUUGAAAUAAGAUUAUUAUUCUUUUUAUUGAUUUGAGCAUGCCUGCUUGAAGUUUAUUUGACUGUCCUGAUGAUUUGAAAGUGAUUGUGAAUUAUGAUUUUCUACUAACUUCUGCCUGUUUUGUCUCUGAAAUGGUCAUGUUAUUUCUGUAAUCCUACUAGUGGGGGUUAAACGCUAGCACAUGUCGACAUGUUAUUGAUAGAACUGGUUCGUUUCUGUAAUCCUGCUAGUGGGGGUUAAACACUAGUAGUUUUUGUAGCCUGCUAGUGGGAGAUUUAAACACUGGCCGUGACCUAUAGGGGAGACGUCUAUUUCGUUCCCGUAUUGUAUCCAUUUUUCGUGAUUGCAUAUGUUGGUAUGCUGUAAGUUAAUUAAGGGCACUCCAUAUUUUACUUAUUGAGUUUUCUCACCUAGUUUUUCCUCAUCCACCAUUUCAGGUUGUGUGACUCGAGACGUGGGGAACAAGGGGAGUGACGAGCUAAAUGGCUGGCUAUAGUAUUUGGAUAUAGAUUUUGAAUUUAGAUUAUUCUUUGUAAGUAGAUUCAUUAUUUUGAGAUAUUUGAUUUAAGUUAUGUCAGAUGUGCGUUGGAUAAGUUUCGAGCCUGGUACACUUGUGAGACCCGUCUCAUAAGUGUACGACAUCUGUUACGCUCUCGGAUUUGGGUUAUGGGGCGUGACAAAUUAAAAGGUAGUCAUUGUCAAGAAUGUAAAAAGUAUUAGAGUAUGUACAAUAGGGAACAAUUCAAAAUCUGACUUUAGUUCCAUAUCAUUAUAAUUAAUAUUAUGCAUCUAU